AGAGAUCCACACUCACAUUAAGAGUUGGCUGACCCCCAACAAUUCUAGAGAGAGAAAGUGAGUUUUAGUGAGAGAGAGUUCUGUAUGCAUUCUCCUCUCAUGUCCAUGAAACUUUGAACUACUUCUUUUGUUAGGCUCAAAUGAUGCCUAAACUUUCAUCUUCAAGUCACACUCUCUUCUCUCUUCUAUUGUUUCUAUCUUUUGUUAUUGUUGUUGUUCAAGCUUCACAGAAAUUUAAAGAAGCCCCAUUAUUCUACAAUUCCCCAAACUGCCCUUCCAUUCACCACCAUGAAAACGCUUCCUCCACCACCACCACUAUUUGCUACGACAACGCGGUACACGUGGCAAUGACCCUCGACGCGGCCUACCUCCGUGGCUCGGUCGCCGCCAUCCUCUCCGUCCUCCAACACUGCUCCUGCCCGGAAAACAUAAUUUUCCACUUUGUUACAUCCGCUUCCACCAACACCCACCACCUCAACCUCACCAUCGCCACCUCAUUCCCAUACUUGAAAUUCCAAAUCUACCCUUUCGACGACUCGGCCGUCGCCGGGCUCAUCUCCACCUCCAUCCGCUCCGCGCUCGACUGCCCACUCAACUACGCGCGGAACUACCUCGCCGAUCUCCUCCCGACGUGCGUCCGGAAAAUCGUCUACCUCGACUCCGACCUAGUCCUCGUCGACGACAUCGCCAAGCUGGCCGCCACGCCGCUCGGCGACGCUGCGGUCCUGGCGGCGCCGGAGUACUGCAAUGCCAACUUCACCUCCUACUUUACGCCGACGUUUUGGUCCAACCCAUCACUAUCUCUCACCUUCGCCGGCCGGAACGCGUGUUACUUCAACACCGGAGUGAUGGUGAUUGAUCUGGAGAGGUGGAGAGAUGGGGACUACACUAGGAAGAUUGUGGAAUGGAUGGAGCUUCAGAAAAGGAUGAGAAUUUAUGAGUUGGGUUCGUUGCCUCCAUUUUUGCUUGUGUUCGCCGGAAACAUAGCUCCGGUGGAUCACCGGUGGAACCAGCACGGCCUCGGAGGGGACAAUUACCGGGGGCUUUGCCGGGAUUUGCAUCCCGGUCCGGUGAGCCUGUUGCAUUGGAGUGGAAAGGGGAAGCCGUGGGCUCGGCUCGACGCCAACCGGCCGUGUCCGUUGGACGCCUUGUGGGCGCCUUAUGAUCUUUUACAAACACUCUAUGCUCUUGAUUCUUGAGGUGUUUGGUCUAUUAAAACACCCUCGACUUCGAGUCGAGAGACAAAAGAGGUUAAGGCCGAAUUCUCUACCAAAUAUUAGAAGUGUUGUACUGCAUCACGAGUAGAGAGACAAGAGACAAAAACAAAGGUUCGAGGCUAAAUUCUCUACCAAAUAUGUUGUAAUACAUCACGAGUAGAAAGACAAAAGACAAAAAGAGGUUCGAGACUAAAUUCUCUACCAAAUAUUAUAAGUGUUGUAAUGCAUUUGAGAGUGAAUCUCAACAUAGUACAACAUUUGUGUUGGGUUUACUAAUAGAGAUAUUUUGGUACUCUGAUCAAUGUUUUUUUUUCUCAUGGGAGGUGGGAAGGAGAGUUGAGGUUGUUUGUACAUUAUAAUAUACUCAUAAUUGACAAAUUUUACAAUGAUAUUUCUAUUUUUGUUUUUGACUAUGUAUCUGAGACGGUUAAAUAUAGUUACAGUUUGGAAAAA